AUGGCGGAUUCAAGAUGGAGUUUCCUCCCCAAAUCCGUAUCCGCACACUUGAACCCUAGAUCCAACAUCGAAAACGCGCCUCCUCUCGAUCCAAACAUCCAUACCCCGCGAACCAAAUCAAUCUCAAAAUCACCGGCUCUCAGAAACCAAAUCGAUCGCCGAGGACACGUGUCCUCGAUGAUUCGAAGAACUGCGUUGAAAUCUCGGAACGAUGUAGAAGAAGAAGAAGAAGAAGAAGAAGCCUUGAAUCCACAUGUGAAGGUUGUGGUGAGGAUAAGACCUACAAAAGAGUAUUGUUGGACUGUGAAAAAGCUUUCCAAUGAUUCUUAUUCUGUUAGGGAUCGUCAGUUUACUUUCGACUCUGUUCUCGACUCCAUUCAUAAUCAGGAGGAUGUAUUUCAGCAAAUAGGUGUUCCUUUGGUUCGGGAUGCAUUAUCAGGUUACAACACUAGUGUCCUAUCGUAUGGACAGAAUGGAAGCGGGAAGACAUACACAAUGUGGGGUCCAGCAGGUUCAAUGCUGGAAGAUCCAUCUCCUAAAGGCGAGCAAGGACUCGCGCCUCGUAUCUUUCAGAUGCUGUUUUCUGAAAUCGAGAGAGAGAAGAUGAAGUCCGAUGUAAACUAUCAAUGCCGUUGUUCCUUUCUUGAGAUAUACAAUGGACAAAUCAGUGAUUUGAUCGAUCAAACCCAGAGAAACCUUAAGAUAAAGGAUGAUGCAAAGAAUGGUACUUAUGUUGAAAACUUGACUGCGGAAUAUGUAGAUAGCUACGAGGAUGUUGCUCAAAUACUGAUGAAGGGCCUGUCAAGCAGGAAAGUUGGAGCAACUAGCACAAGUUUUCAGAGUUCUCGAUCACAUGUCAUACUUUCUUUCAUUAUCGAGUCCUGGAGCAAGGGAGCUUCAGCAAGGUGUUUCAAUACCACCAGAACAAGCAGAAUCAACCUUGUUGAUCUGGCUGGAGUGGGAACAAAUGUACGUGAUGCUACUAAACAUUGUGUGGAGGAAGAGAAAUUCUUAAAGAAGUCCCUAUCCGAGCUCGGACAUGUUAUGGAUGCUCUUGCCAAAACCGUCCACCCUGGAAUAUCUGACCGCAGUCUUCAUAAAACCUCCUGCCUGACGCAUUUGUUGCAAGAAUCUCUUGGUGGCAAUUCAAAACUCACUAUCCUGUGCAACAUUUUUCCGAGCGACAAGAACACAAAAAGAACCAUGAGCACCCUUCGAUUUGGUGAACGAGCUAAAUCUAUGGGAAACAAACCACUGAUAAAUGAGAUCUCCGAAGAAGAUGUGAAUGAUUUGAGUGACCAGAUUCGUCUUCUAAAGGAAGAACUUAUAAAAGCCAAAGAUGAUGUUUGUCACUCUGUUGGGAGUAAAGAUAAUCAUUUCGGAGCAAGGAAUGCACGUGAAAAUUUGAAUCAACUAAGAGUUAGUCUUAACCGGUCUCUGAUGCUGCCAAAAAUUGACAUUGACGAGGAAGAGAUAACGGUUGAUGAGGAUGAUGUAAAGGAACUGCACCAGCAAAUCAAAUCCUUCCGCGGUUCAUUCAGUGAGAAACAAAAGAAGUUCCCUGUCAACAGAGAGUCAGUGAGCUCUUCCUUUGUUACAGCAUUCGGUGAAUCAGAGCUAAUGGAUGAUGAUGAUGAAGAGAUCUUUUCAGAAGAAGUAGGAGCCAAAGAGAAAGAUUUGGAUGAAUCUUUCAAAGAAUGUGACGGCCACAGUGCUGCAACAAUCACCAAAUCAACUGAGAAAUCUAAGAUUAAGGAUUUUGCACUGGAAAACAACAUGUCAAUAAAUCCUUGCCGUCAAUCUUUAAUCUUGGAAGAACCAAUCCAGUCAGAGUCUCCUAAAAUCAGAAACUCUCUAAGGAAGAGCAUAGCUCUUUCUUCCUCAUGUUUCAGGAAACAGAAUAGCAUAAAGUCCUCGUGUCUUGCAGAGAGCCAACAUAUCAGGGCGUCUUUACGUGGGAGUAAGAUAUUCACAGGUUCUACAGAAUCUCUAGCUGCAAGUCUGCGGAGAGGCUUGGAUAUUAUUGAAAAUCCUGCAUCAAACCGAUGCUCAGUCUCCUUGUCUUCUGAUAAAUUGACCAUGCAACCUUCUACGGAGAUACUGCAGGAUGAUCAGCUACCUCGUUCACCACUCUGUCCUUCCUGCAGACAGAAAUCUGAUAUAUUAUUGAAUGCUGUUGAGGGAGAGGGACCUCAUCAGCAAGAUCUUGAAAAUCUGUGCACAGAGCAAGCAGCCAAGAUUGAGCAGCUAACGCUCCUGGUAGAGCAACACAAACAUCAAACUGAGAAUGAAACAGAACAGCUUGCGGAAGCAAGUAAUGGAGAACAGUUUUCUCCAGCAAACAAUAAUCAGGUUUGUUGUUGUUAUCUUUACAUAUGUCAAAGAUUGAGUUGUAACAUAUAUUCCAUUUUCAUGGUUAUGCAGCUUCUCAGCUGUAAUGAUGUUGUUGAAUCCAAAGAGACAAACUUUGACAUUGGCGAGAAGGAGGCAUUACUCAAAGAAAUUGAAGAUCUGAAAGGCAAAUUGCAGAAACCUUUAACCAUGUCCACCAACGAAUUGAGAUCAUCUUUGUUGGCCCGUUCGUUUCAACUACGCAACAAGAAUGCUGAGAAAGAUAUCGAGGAAGAACGCCUCAGGUGCACAGAAAUGGAGAGCGAGUGGAUAUCAUUGACCGACGAACUCAGAGUUGAGAUCGAAAUACAGCGUUCACGCGCAGAGAAAGCUGAAGCGCAGCUUAAGCAAGAGAAACUAUCUACUGAGGAGUUAGAGGAUGCACUUAAACGAGCUGUUCUUGGCCAUGCUAGGUUUGUUGAACACUACACAGAGCUACAAGAGAAGUACAACGACUUAGGCUCAAGGUAUAAAGCAACGGGUGAGUGGAUAACAGAGUUGAAGAAGGCAGUAGCAAAGGCUGGGAAAAAAGGUUGCGGUUCCCGUUUCGCUAAAUCACUUGCUUCUGAGCUCUCUGCACUUCGAGUAGAAAAAGAAAGAGAAAGAGAUUUGUUGAAGAAGGAGAACGUAAGCCUCAAAAUUCAACUAAGGGAUACUGCUGAAGCUGUUCAUACUGCUGGAGAAGUUCUUGUUAGACUCAGAGAAGCCGAACAAUCAGCAUCAGUUGCUGAGGACAAGUUUAAUGAAGUGGAAGAAGAAAACGAGAAGCUGAAGAAGAAAAUGGAAAAGCUGAAGAGGAGACACAAGUUGGAAAUGGCAACAAUGAAACAGAGUCUAAAGCAAAACACAUUGCCAGAAUCUGCAUUGCAGCCACUGCAUCAGAGGAACUUGGAGAUUGAAGAAGAAGGUAUAUAGAAGAAGAUACCAAAGUGCAUAACUUGAAGACUUCUUUUGGAUUUGAUUGGUACACAUGAGCUUCCUGUUUAUUUUCCCAUUUGCUGCUAAUAAAAAAAGGUGAAUCUCUUAUUCCACAAGGCAUUUUGAUUAUUAGUAGUUUGGUUUACCUUAUUAAAGGCUUUUUUUAAUUAAUUUCAAUAUUGUGUUUGUGGCGUGCAAACUGGUCUUCUUUUGUAUAACUUCAAAUUGGUAAUUUAUAUUAUUUAUUUAUUCAGUUUUUCUUUUUAAUUUGUUAUUUUUCUCUCCAAAUUCAAACGUUUGUUACAAUACAUAUUUGUUCAUGUG